CACACACACAUAUCAAUAGGUAUGUUCUUAUGUCCCGCCUGGUACGAAAAGCCCAUGCACACCCCCAGGUUGGGCGGAUCUGACCACAGGCACCGCCAACACCCCUUCUCACACACACAUGACUUUUGAACUGCCUUUCUUGGAUCAAGUUCAAGGCAAUGGAGGAGCAUUGAGAAUCAUCUGCCCUUCCCCUCCGACUUCCCAGCACCUCUCUUAUGUCUGCCCCACAAGUCACCCCUGCUCCCUCUUCCUUCCUUGUGCUUGAAGACUCUCUACUUGCUGGAAAGGCCCCUGACUUCUCUGCCUCCCUUUCCACUUUGGGAAAAUACCCACUUUCUGGUCCUCCACCUUUUUCCUUUCCUGGUCAGUCAAAUCCAACCUCAAAACAGGAAGCCCCAGGGCUGGUGCCCCACGUAGGCCUGAGGCUAGGGCAGGCAGUGGGCGUGGGGUGAGGCUUCCUGAUGCCCCCUUGGCCCUGCCCGGGAUCUGAUGGUCCUCAUUAGCCCUCGACUCUUAUCUCAGAAGCACAGGCACUGACAGAGCCGUCCCAGCCCUUCUCUCUGCCGGCCAGGAGCCCAGCAGCACCAUGGGGAACUGUCUGCACCGGGUGGAACCCUCCCGCUCCAUUCAAAACCACUCAAGUCAGCUGGUCUUGGAGGACUACUUUUGGAAUUACUCCAAUACUGAGGAUGACUUCUAUGCAACUCUUGACUAUGACACCAGCGUGAAAGCAGCUGCCCCUUGCCACUCCUGUAGCCUGCUCGACAGCUCCUCGCUGCCCUUCUUCCUCCUUGCCAGUGUCCUGGGCAUCCUGGCAAGUGGCGCUGUCCUCUUUGCUCUCCUCAGGCCUCUCUUCCACUGGCAGCUGUGCCCUGGCCGGCCUGUCCUGGCACAGCUGGUUGUGGGCAGUGCCCUCUUCAGCAUCGUGGUACCCAUCCUAGCUCCAGGGCUGGGUAGCACCCCCAGCUCCGUCCUGUGCAACCUGGGCUACUGUGUGUGGUACGGCUCAGCCUUCGCCCAGGCCCUGCUGAUAGCGGGCCGCGCCUGCCUGGGACCCAAGCUGGCUGCAGGCCAGAACCCAAGUCUUACUCUGGGGCUCACAGUGGGACUCUGGGGGGUGGCUACCCUCCUGGCAUUGCCGGUCACCCUGGCCAGCGGCACUUCUGGUGGACUCUGCACCCCCAUGUACAACAGGGACCAGCAGGCUUUGCAGUUCACACAUGCUGCAGCCUGUCUUGCCAUCUUUGUCUUGUUGCCACUAGGUUUGCUGGGAGCCAAGGGGCUGAAGAAGACACUGGGGAGGGGGCCAGGCCCCUGGGUGGAUAUCCUGUGCUCCUGGUUCAUUUUCUGGUGGCCUCAUGGAGUGCUUCUGGGACUGGACUCCCUAGUGAGGUUCAAGCUCCUGCUGCUGUCAACAUGCCUGGCCCAGCAGGCUCUGGAUCUGCUCCUGCAGCUGGCAGAGGCCCUGGCAAUACUGCACUGUGUGGCUUCACCCCUGUUCCUGGCCCUGUUCUGCCACCAGGCCACCCGUACUUCCUUGCCCUCCUUGCCCCUCCCUGCAAGAUAGUCCUCUCAUCUGGACACCCUUGGAGGCAAAUCCUAGUUCUCGUCCCACCUGUCAACCUGAAUUAAAGUCUACAUUGCUUUUAUGAA